UGGGGUAACAGCGGGCUGUGUGUGAGGGGCGCACUAAGGAGAAAGAUGGCCGAGGCAGUUUUCCACGCCCCAAAGAGGAAGAGACGAGUGUACGAGAGCUACGAAGCUCCCUUACCGCUGCCCUUCACUCAGUACCAAGGAAAGACAGAAUUCCGGCCAUUCCAGGCCGAACUGGUACACAACUACGUGAUCGUGAGGCACACGGAGGAUAUGGAGCAGCUAUACGGGAAGGGUUAUUUUGGGAAAGGUACCCUGUCAAGAAGCCGACCCAAUUUCACAAUUUCAGACCCUAAGAUGGCUGCUAAAUGGAAAGAUCUGAAGACGAACAUGCCCAUCAUCACAUCAGAGAAGUAUCGGCGUGGGCUGGAGUGGGCCUCCGAGCACCUUCGGAGGCAGGGACUAGACGAGAGUGCUGUGCAGAGCGCCCUGCAGGACCUCUCCCAGCCACUGGAGCAUCCCUGGACAGAAAGUCACCCUGAGCUGCAGCGGUGUGAGGAGCCCAAGGCUGCAACGGCCAGGAGAGAAGCCCCUGCUACGAAGAACGGGGACCCCAUCCAAGACUCCCAGACUCCCAACAGUUUGGCAGGAAGCAGGGAAGCAGUCCCAGCUACACCAGCCCCAGGCUUGUCCCCGGCUGGUAAAGCCAGCAGCCCACUGGCCAGUCUCCAUCCCAGCUCUGAAUACGUGCUCGUGGAGGAGGCCUGGGGUGAUGUCUGCAAGGGCCAGGAGAUCCCUGGUGAGGACUUGGCGCCAAUGAAGAGGCUCACUUGCAGACGGAAUCCCUACAGGAUCCUGGAAUACCUGCAGCUCAGCCUGGAAGAGGCCUUUUUCCUGGUGUAUGCACUGGGGUGUCUAAGCAUUUAUCAUGAGAAGAAGCCUUUAACUAUCCUGAACCUCUGGAAAGUCUUCACAUCAGUGCAGCCCACAUUCAGGACCACGUACAUGGCGUACCAUUACUUCCGGAGCAAGGGCUGGGUGCCCAAAGUGGGCCUGAAGUACGGCACCGAUUUGCUGUUAUAUCGGAAAGGCCCUCCGUUUUACCAUGCAAGCUACUCUGUCAUCAUCGAGAUGGUUGAUGACGAGCGCUUCGAGGGAGCCCUUCGCAGACCCCUCAGCUGGAAGUCGCUGGCGGCCUUGAGCAGAGUGUCCAUUAAUGUGUCCAAGGAGCUGAUGCUGUGCUACCUGAUCCGACCCUCUGCCAUGAGUGACACAGACAUGGACUCCCCAGAGUGCAUGAAGCGCAUCAGAGUCCAGGAAGUGAUCCUGAGCCGCUGGGUCUCUUCCCGAGAGAGGAGUGAUCAGGACGACCUGUAACCAGCCAGCUACCUCAGUUCUCCAGUUCCCUGCAUUUUGGAGAGAUACAUGGAGCAUGUGAGCACACGUGUGGAUCGGAGUCUGGAAAGGGCUCAGUUCACCACUCUAGAAGGGUGUUUCCGGGUAGUACAGCCUAUGCCUGAACUCAGAUUCUAUCCUGGAAUGUUCGGUGGGCUUUGGGCUCCAUCCUUGGCCACGGAGAGGCCAUGAGGCUGCACUCAGACUCAGAAGUGAGUGGGACUGGCUAUGAGGUUUUGAGCCCCCAUUGGCCAGCACUCCCAGCUCACUCCCAAAAGAAAGCAAAGGGAUUGGGAGGCACAGGACUCCAGGCUCCCUUCUUGGAAAUGGGGAGACCAGAGACCUCAUUGAAUACUAGAACUUCAUCCAGUUGCAUAUCAGAAUCACUGCUUGGGAAAGACUGCUGCUCAUUAGAAGAGCAUCUGCCUCAGCAGGUGAGGCAGUCCAUGGGUAUGACCGUUGACACUGCGGACAUGGGAAUGGUGAUCUCAAUAAAUGGGGCCAUUGACAUCUACCA